AUGGCACCCGCCAAGACGGCGCUGCAGGACAACUUCGCGAAGCUGCGCUCCGCAGCACGGCCGACGGCCAUUAGGCUCGUCAACGAGGCCGACAUUCGAGAAAAGACAACAGAUGGACAGACGCUGCUGUUUGCGGCAGCUGGUCGGCCCACGAGCAAGGGCUAUGGAGUGGACUUGUGCAAGCUGCUCCGUUCACGUGGGCUGAGUGCUACCCAUAAAACGUCCCGGAACGAGACUGCGCUCUUCGAGGCGGUCCGUGCCGAGAACCUCGAAACCGCCACGUGGUUCAUUGAGAAUGGCUGCGAUGUCAAUGCAGUGAACACGAGCGGGACGACGCCCUUGUGCAUUGCCUUCUACGAGUCCCAGCUAGAGAUGGUGUACCUGCUUCUAAGCCAUGGAGCCAAUUUGGACUACCAGGACAACAAAGGGCGCCGGCCGGUUCUCUAUGCAGAUCCCAUCUUCAGGCAGGCGUUUUACGCAGCGCAGGCACGAGGUGGCGUCACAAUCCCGGCGGCAAAAGCUCCACACAGUCGCAAGCGCUUGCGAUCGGAUCGGGAGCCAGAACCCAUCUACAAACGUUUCAAAGGUCUGGGCUCGGAGAAGUGCAAGGGCGAUUAUUACUUGCGGUAUUGGGUCUAUCCAGACGAGCCGCAUGGCGAUGGCGGGAAGAUCUUUCCAAGUCAGGGCAAGAUCUACUCUGCCAAGAAUGGCUUCAUGGUCCAGGUGCCUCCCGUGACUGCAGCACCGAAAAUCCGUACUUUGCAGCGCGAGCUGUGUCAGGACCAUUCGCAGUUCUUCCCUGAGCUCAUCCUUGCGACCUGCCCUGGGGAGUGGGCAUCGUUCAUUGGCGUCCAAGAGGAGGAGAUCGAUGCCCAGGAGCGCUUUGUGGAGCUGCUCACAGACCAGCAGCAGCCCAAUGCCUGCGAGUAUGUGCUUGCUGGAGUGGAUGCGACAACCCGCGAAAUUCUCGGCUACAUCCACAUGCAGUAUUACGAG